GGGGAAAAGUAGUUCCUUCUCGACCUUUCUGCGGAGGGAUCCGGCGAGUGACGCGCCGGAUGCUAUAUAAGGCGGCGCCGGGCGUGGCGCGGGCAGUUUCGCCGGUGCCGCGAGUCCAGUCGUUUCCUCUCUGCUCGUUACCGCCAACCGCCGCUCGAUAAUGCAGAUCUUCGUGAAGACCCUGACCGGUAAGACCAUCACCCUUGAGGUCGAGCCCAGUGACACCAUCGAGAACGUCAAGGCCAAGAUCCAGGAUAAGGAGGGCAUCCCCCCCGACCAGCAGAGGCUGAUCUUUGCCGGCAAGCAGCUGGAAGAUGGUCGCACCCUGUCCGACUACAACAUCCAGAAGGAAUCCACUCUGCACUUGGUCCUGCGCCUGAGGGGUGGCAUGCAGAUCUUCGUGAAGACCCUCACUGGCAAGACCAUCACCCUCGAGGUCGAGCCCAGUGACACCAUCGAGAACGUCAAGGCCAAGAUCCAGGAUAAGGAGGGCAUCCCCCCCGACCAGCAGAGGCUGAUCUUUGCCGGCAAGCAGCUGGAAGAUGGUCGCACCCUGUCCGACUACAACAUCCAGAAGGAAUCCACUCUGCAUCUGGUCCUGCGCCUGAGGGGUGGCAUGCAGAUCUUCGUGAAGACCCUCACUGGCAAGACCAUCACCCUCGAGGUCGAGCCCAGUGACACCAUCGAGAACGUCAAGGCCAAGAUCCAGGAUAAGGAGGGCAUCCCCCCCGACCAGCAGAGGCUGAUCUUUGCCGGCAAGCAGCUGGAAGAUGGUCGCACCCUGUCCGACUACAACAUCCAGAAGGAAUCCACUCUGCAUCUGGUCCUGCGCCUGAGGGGUGGCAUGCAGAUCUUCGUGAAGACCCUCACUGGCAAGACCAUCACCCUCGAGGUCGAGCCCAGUGACACCAUCGAGAACGUCAAGGCCAAGAUCCAGGAUAAGGAGGGCAUUCCCCCCGACCAGCAGAGGCUGAUCUUUGCCGGCAAGCAGCUGGAAGAUGGUCGCACCCUGUCCGACUACAACAUCCAGAAGGAAUCCACUCUGCACUUGGUCCUGCGCCUGAGGGGUGGCAUGCAGAUCUUCGUGAAGACCCUCACUGGCAAGACCAUCACCCUCGAGGUCGAGCCCAGUGACACCAUCGAGAACGUCAAGGCCAAGAUCCAGGAUAAGGAGGGCAUCCCCCCCGACCAGCAGAGGCUGAUCUUUGCCGGCAAGCAGCUGGAAGAUGGUCGCACCCUGUCCGACUACAACAUCCAGAAGGAAUCCACUCUGCAUCUGGUCCUGCGCCUGAGGGGUGGCAUGCAGAUCUUCGUGAAGACCCUCACUGGCAAGACCAUCACCCUCGAGGUCGAGCCCAGUGACACCAUCGAGAACGUCAAGGCCAAGAUCCAGGAUAAGGAGGGCAUCCCCCCCGACCAGCAGAGGCUGAUCUUUGCCGGCAAGCAGCUGGAAGAUGGUCGCACCCUGUCCGACUACAACAUCCAGAAGGAAUCCACUCUGCAUCUGGUCCUGCGCCUGAGGGGUGGCAUGCAGAUCUUCGUGAAGACCCUCACUGGCAAGACCAUCACCCUCGAGGUCGAGCCCAGUGACACCAUCGAGAACGUCAAGGCCAAGAUCCAGGAUAAGGAGGGCAUCCCCCCUGACCAGCAGAGGCUGAUCUUUGCCGGCAAGCAGCUGGAAGAUGGUCGCACCCUGUCCGACUACAACAUCCAGAAGGAAUCCACUCUGCAUCUGGUCCUGCGCCUGAGGGGUGGCAUGCAGAUCUUCGUGAAGACCCUCACUGGCAAGACCAUCACCCUCGAGGUCGAGCCCAGUGACACCAUCGAGAACGUCAAGGCCAAGAUCCAGGAUAAGGAGGGCAUCCCCCCCGACCAGCAGAGGCUGAUCUUUGCCGGCAAGCAGCUGGAAGAUGGUCGCACCCUGUCCGACUACAACAUCCAGAAAGAAUCCACUCUGCACUUGGUCCUGCGCCUGAGGGGUGGGCGGUUCUAAAUACCCCCUUUAAGCUUUCAACAAAUUCAAUUGCACUUUUCCUUGAAUAAAGUUGUUGCAUUCCAAA